GAACAAUAUGAGUUGAUUUAUCACCAUUUCAUUCCUAACAAGCUAAUAAUUAGUAAAUACAAGAGGAAUUGAGUUGAUUCCACCAAAAUUCACCCCACAAAUCAAUAAUGGAUUCGUACAUCCAUAUGUGGAGACGAACGGUUGACAUGUUCUCUCUUUAAUAGAUGGACCCCCUUAGUCAACCUCCAUGACGAUGACCUGGACUGCUAUGCUCAAGUAGCGUCUCUGAUAUUCUGACGACUACUAUGCUCCACGAGCGGGCGAAUGAAAAGAAUAUGAAGAACUCUGCUUCUCCUUUUCCCAUUAGUGUGGCUCCCUUCCCCAAACCCCAUAAGUACCGGAGGCUACGUGUCUUGAGAGGCCAGCAACAAAGAAUCGCUAGCUUGUAAGUAAACAAGUGACUCGUAGCGUUUGAUGGCUGACGGCUUCCAGGGUUCAGAUUUACUGAAGAUAUCAAGCCUAGCCAUGAAGCAUAGGGCAAUCCCACAGUUUCUCUUGCUGCUCAUGGCAUGCUGUGCACAUCUUGCCAUCUGCUCCUUCGACAGAAACAGCACAGAUAGGCUGUGGCUACUGGAGUUCAAGAAGGCUAUCACAAGUGAUCCACAGCAAGCCUUGGUGUCCUGGAAUGACACCACUCAUUUCUGCAGCUGGAAAGGUGUCCAGUGUAGCGCCAAGCACCCAAAUCGUGUCACUUCUCUAAGUCUUCAGAAUCAAGGUUUAGCGGGUUCAAUCUCUCCUUCGCUUGGAAACUUAACAUUCCUGAGAAUCCUGAUCCUAUCAACUAAUUCAUUCACUGGAGAGAUCCCUCCAUCCCUUGGUCAUUUGCAUCGCCUCCAAGAGCUCAACUUGAUUAAUAAUACGCUCCAAGGUAGGAUACCCAGUGUUGCAAAUUGUUCCAGACUCGAAGUUUUGGGGCUGUCCAAUAAUCAACUAACUGGACAGAUACCUCCAGAUUUGCCUCAUGGCCUUCAACAGCUGAUACUUGGGACUAAUAAUCUUACUGGAACCAUUCCUGACUCUAUUGCCAACAUCACAGCACUUCAUAUGUUGGGGUUUGAAAGUAAUAGCAUUGAAGGGAGCAUCCCAAGUGAGUUUGCAAAGUUGUCAGGGCUGCAAUAUCUAUACAUGGGUGGCAAUAAUUUUUCAGGCAGUUUUCCACAGCCCAUCCUUAAUCUUUCUAGCCUAACUGAACUGAAUGCUGCUGAAAAUGAUCUAAGUGGAGAUUUACCGCCAAAUAUUGGCAACUCUCUUCCCAAUCUUGAAAUGCUCCUGUUAGGCGCCAACUUUUUCCUUGGGCAUAUCCCACCUUCUCUCACAAAUGUUUCCAAGCUAUACUUUUGCGAUAUAUCAAGGAAUAAGCUCACCGGAGUGGUGCCAAGCUCCAUCGGCCAACUUUCUAAAUUAACUUGGUUAAAUCUUGAGAUAAACAAACUACAAGCAAGUAACAAGCAAGACUGGGAAUUUAUGAAUAGUUUAGCAAAUUGCACUGAGCUACAAGUGUUUUCAAUAUCGGUGAAUCUACUAGAAGGCAAUGUACCAAAUUCAGUAGGCAACCUUUCCAGUCAACUCCUGUUUCUAUACUUGGCAAAUAAUCAACUGUCAGGGGAGUUUCCUUCUGGUAUAGCAAACCUUCACAAACUGAUCAGUGUAGCACUGAAUGUCAAUAAAUUUAUAGGUGUAGUUCCAGAUUGGAUUGGAACUCUCACAAAUCUACAGAAAGUAACACUAAACAACAAUUUCUUUACCGGGGCCAUUCCAUCAUCCUUUUCAAACAUGUCUCGGUUGGAACAACUCUAUAUAGACUCAAACCAGUUCGAUGGAAACAUACCUCCGAUCCUAGGAAACCUCCAAACACUUGGAUCACUGAACAUUUCCAACAACAACCUUCAUGGCAACAUACCAAAGGAGCUCUUCAAAAUUCCAACAUUAAGGGAGAUUACCUUAUCUUUCAACAACCUGCAUGGGCUACUUCAUGCCGACAUCGGCAAUGCAAAACAACUCACAUAUUUGGAUAUUUCAUCAAAUAAUCUAUCUGGAAACAUUCCUAGUACUCUGGGUAAUUGUGAUAGUUUAGAAGAUAUUGAGUUGGGACAUAAUGCUUUCAGCGGAAGUAUCCCCACUUCACUAGGCAAUAUAACAAGCUUACAGAUUCUCAACAUGUCUCACAAUAACUUGACUGGUCCAAUACCAGUGUCUCUCGGCAGCCUACAGCUUCUUGAGCAACUUGAUCUAUCAUUCAAUAAUCUUGACGGAGUGCUUCCAGCAGAUGGAAUCUUCAAGAAUGCAACUGCUAUACAGAUUGAAGGAAAUCAGGAGCUUUGUGGUGGACCGCUGGAGCUACACCUGCCUGCAUGUCAUGUCAUGCCUUUGGAUUCAUCUAAGCACAGGCUAUCAGUUGUAGAGAAAGUAGUGAUCCCAGUGGCCAUACUGGUGCUACUUUCUGUAGUCAUUUCUGUUGUGUUCUUCAUCCGGAGGCGAAAACAGAAGACAGAAUCCAUUGCUUUACCAUCUAUCGGGAGAGAAUUCCAGAAAAUUUCGUAUAGUGAUAUUGUCAGAACAACAGGGGGUUUUUCAGCAUCCAAUCUAAUUGGUCAGGGAAGAUACGGUUCUGUUUAUAAAGGACAGUUGUUUGGUGAUGGAAAUGUGGUUGCCAUCAAGGUCUUCAGUCUGGAGACGAGAGGAGCACAAAAGAGCUUUAUUGCAGAAUGUAGUUCUUUGAGAAAUGUCCGGCACCGUAAUCUGGUUCCUAUCUUAACUGCAUGUUCAACCAUCGAUUCUACUGGGAAUGAUUUCAAGGCCCUAGUAUAUGAAUUCAUGCCACGAGGAGACCUACAUCACUUAUUGUACUCAUCUCAAGUCAGUGUCAGCGAGGACUCUCCAGUUUUGAACAAUGUUUCACUGGCUCAGAGGUUAAGCAUUACUGCAGAUGUAUCAGACGCUUUGGCGUAUCUACACCACGAACACCAAGGAACCAUUGUGCACUGUGAUCUGAAACCAAGUAACAUUCUCCUGGAUGCUGAGAUGGUAGCUCAUGUUGGAGACUUUGGCCUAGCAAGGUUCAAAUUUGAUUCCGCAACAUCAGCUUCUACUAGUUACACAAAUUCCACUUCCUCAAUGGCAAUCAAGGGAACCAUUGGAUAUGUUGCUCCAGAAUGCGCAGGGGGUGGUCAGGUUUCAACUUCCUCGGAUGUCUACAGCUUCGGAAUCGUUCUUCUAGAGAUAUUCAUCCGGAGGCGGCCAACAGACGACAUGUUCAAGGAUGGGAUGAGCAUUGUAAAGUUCACAGAGAACAACUUCCCUGAUAACGUGUUGCAGAUUGUUGACCCACAGCUGCUGCAAGAACUGGAUCUCAGCAUGGAGACGCCAAUGACCAUCAAGGACAGUGAAGUUCAUAUCCUGCAGUCAGUAAUCAACAUUGGACUCUGCUGCACCAAGACAUCCCCCAACGAGCGCAUCAGCAUGCAGGAAGUGGCUGCCAAACUGCACGGGAUCAGGAAUGCAUAUCUUAGCGGAAACUGAAGGAUGAGCUCAGUAGCAUAGGUUCUGAACGAAGAACUCAAUAAAUGAAUUUUCAUUUCUCAUGUACGUACAAUGUCUAGUUUAGUUGGUCUUUAAAAAUGGACAUGUUUGAUGCAUGAUUCACAAAUUAGAAGGCACCAUUUCUACUAUACUUGAGCAACAACAGUAACAGUUAGUAUCCUAAUGUACUGUCAGUCGUCAACUGAUAAGGAAAGGAACACAAAGAAAUUGUCAGAAAGGAACA